AUGCGUCUGGUUAAAAAUAAAAUUGAGCAUAAUGGCUCAGGAACAGUCACAUUGCUCCCCGAGGAGCCUGAGGACAUGUGGCACGCCUACAAUCUCAUUCGUCCAGAUGACAUUCUACGCGCGAGUGCAAUUCGUCGUGUAACCACCGUCCAAGAUACCGGUUCCACCACAUCAACACGAGUACACCUAAACCUCGUAAUUCGUGUGAGGAAUCUUGAUUUCGACCCUCAGAGCUCGCAGCUCCACGUUUCUGGCCAGAUUAUCAAUGAAACCCCACAUACCAAAAUUGGACAAUUCCACACCCUCGACCUCGAACUGAACCGAAAUUUCACUCUAGAGAAAGAAGUCGGUGCAAAUGGUGAGGGCGUGGGUUGGGACAGUAUUGCGGUGGAGAUGCUUAAGGAUGCUGUUGACGAGGGCGGCAACCGCCGUGCCGAGGCAGUCGCUGUUGUUAUGCAAGAGGGAUUGGCUCAUAUUUGUUUCAUCGGCCAGUUCCAGACGAUAUUGAAGCAGAAAGUGGAGAUGUCUGUACCGCGCAAACGACAAGGCGGUGGAGGAGGAGAUCAUGACAAGGGAAUGGGCAAGUUUUAUCGCGUUACACUCGAGACACUUCUGCGACAAAUUGAUUUCAACACCGCUUCUACGUCUACCACGAGCAAUGAGUCUGUGAGGCCAAUUCUACUGGCUUCGCCUGGCUUUGUUGCUUCUGGAUUCCAUAAAUAUAUGCAGACAGAGGCGUCGACAACAACACCCGCUCUCAGGAAACUUCUUCCUAGUUUGGCGGUCGUACAUUCAGCGUCGGGUUACAUGAACUCGUUAUCAGAAGUUCUCCAGUCACCUGCAGUCAAGACCCUCCUCGCGGACACAAAGUAUGCCCGUGAAACAAGGCUAAUGGACGAAUUCUUGGACCAGCUCCGCAAGGAGACGAACAAGGCCACAUAUGGACCGCGAGAGGUUGAAUCUGCGGUCGACCAGGGAGCCGUGGGUCGGGGUGGUGGUGUUUUGAUUAUGUCAAAUAAACUUUUUAGAUCACAAAAUGUCGCCGAGCGAAAACGAUGGGUAUCGCUCGUGGAUCGGGUCCGGGAUGUCGAAGGAGGUGAGGUACGAAUUCUGAGUUCUGAUCAUGAGAGUGGGCGGCGUCUUGAAGGACUUGGAGGCAUCGCUGCGCUUCUGACAUUCCCUGUCAUGGAGGAAGAGGAUGCCUCUGAUUCCGGCGAGGACAAUGGUGAUGACAACGGCGAUGAUGAUUACGGGAGUGAUUGA